GCGUGCCCAGGCGCCCGCAGCGCGCCAGCGCCCGCCCACGGCUGGUCGCUCCUCGGCUCCGGCGCGCAGGAGCCGGAGCGAGAGUGGGGGCCGCAAUCGUUGCCCGCGGGCUCCUUCCACGCCUCGCGCAUGGGCCAGGGCAUGCCGCUCGUGCCGGAACAG